AUGGAUGACUUUGAACGCCGCAGAGAACUCAGGAGGCAAAAGCGUGAGGAAAUGCGCCUGGAAGCGGAGAGACUAGCCUAUCAAAGAAAUGAUGAUGAUGAGGAAGAAGCCGCCAGAGAACGCCGUCGACGGGCUCGACAGGAGAGGCUGCGGCAAAAGGAAGAUGAUGAUCUAACAGGACAAGUGACAGAGAAACCAGAAGUUAAUGCCCAGAACAGUGUGGCAGAAGAGGAGACCAAACGUUCUACAACAACACUAACAAACACUCAAGGGGAAGGGGAAGAUGAUGCUGCAUUCUUGGAGAGAUUGGCAAAAAGGGAGGAAAGACGCCAAAAGCGUCUCCAGGAAACCCUGGACCGUCAAAAGGAGUUUGACCCAACAGUCACAGACGAGGGUUUGUCACUACCAAGCGGGAGAGAGAUAAACAAUGUGGAAGAAAAUGAGACCAUGGGGAAAGAGGAAAAGAUUGAAACCCGCCGAGGACGUUACGAGAUAGAUGAAGUCGAAACUGUCACUACAUCGUACCAGAGGAACAACUGGAGGCAAGAUGAAGAAGAAGAAGAAAAGAAAGAAGAAAAAGAUAAGGAGGAGGUGCAGGAGGAAAAGCCAGAGCAGAGAACCAUAGAGGAAAAUCAGGUAGAAGUAACAAUAGAAAAGAAAACAAUAGACAAAGAAGAGGGACCGGUGGUAUUAGAAGUAAAAACCCUAGAUGUCAAUGUAGAGGAACACAAAGCAGAGAAUGAUAUGGGUGUCCUACGGGUAGGGGAGCCCAGGGCAGGAGUGGGGGCCAUAAAUCUAACUUUAGUUCUAGAUCAUGAGAAGCUUAGGAAUGAAGAAGAGGAAAAGGCUGAGGAAGAAAAGAAGAGAACAGAGGAAAGGGAAAGGCUUGAGGCAGAAGAGAGGGAGAGGGUUAAGGCAGAGGAACAAACAAAAGCUGAAGAAGAAAGAGCAAGAAUUGAAGCAGAAGAGAAAAGAGCAGCUCAGGAAAAAGAAAGGAUUGAGGCAGAAGAGAGGGAGAGGAUUCAGGCAGAGGAGGAGAAGAGAGCAGCUGAAGAAAGGGAGAGGGCAAAGGCAGAGGAGGAGAAGAGAGCAGCUGAAGAAAGGGAGAGGGCAAAGGCAGAGGAGAAGAAGAAAGCAGAAGAAAGGGAGAGGGCUAAGGCAGAGGAGAAGAAGAAAGCAGAAGAAAGGGAGAGGGCAAAGGCAGAGGAGAAGAAGAGAGCAGCUGAAGAAAAGGCUAAGCUAGAAGAGGAGAAAUUAAAGGCAAAACAAAAGGUAGAAGAGAAAAAAAUGGAAGACAAAAAAGUAGAAGAUAAACAGGUAAAAGAGAAGAAAAUAGAAGAAAAACAGGUAAAAGAGAAGAAGGUGCAAGAGGAAAAACCUCAAACAGUCUCCCUAAGAAAACAGGGGGAAGAAAAAGAGGUUAAAGUGGAAGCUAAAAAAGAAAAGUUACCAGACGAGAAACUUCAACCCACCUUCAAAAAACAGCAGAUCAAAGACGACAAGGCUAAUAAGGACAAAGCACCUAAGGAGGAGGUGAAGCCUAUCUGGGAUCGUAAGAAGGGAUUUCCUGAACCAAAGCCACAGAACGGAGAGCGUUUCCAGGAACUUACUACUCACAAACUUAAACAUACCGAGAAUAUUUUUAGCCGCUCCGGCAUGAAAGCAACUACAAAUGCUGAGGAUGGUAAGCCGGUGUCCCAGGCUGAAGCCGGCAAACGACUAGAGGAGCUGCGCCGUCGCCGAGGUGAAAAUGAGAGCGAGGAGUUUGAGAAGUUGAAGGAGAAGCAACAGGAGGCAGCUGUGGAGCUGGAGGAACUGAAGAAAAAGCGUGAGGAGCGUCGGAAGAUCCUUGAGGAAGAGGAACAGAGGAGGAAGCAGGAGGAGGCUGAGAGAAAAGCCAGAGAGGAGGAGGAGAAGAGGAGGCUGAAAGAAGACAUUGAGAGGAGAAGGGCUGAAGCUGCUGAAAAACGUCAGAAGAUGCCAGAAGAUGGUUUGUCAGAUGACAAGAAGCCGUUUAAGUGUUUCACUCCCAAGGGUUCAUCUCUCAAGAUAGAAGAACGAGCAGAGUUUUUGAACAAAUCCGCUCAGAAGAGUGGUGCUAAACCCACUCACUCUGCAGCAAUUGUCUCCAAGAUUGACAGCAGACUUGAGCAAUACACUAGUGCAAUUGAGGGCACAAAGACGGCAAAACCUGCUAAACCAGCACCCUCUGACCUUCCAGUCCCAGCUGAGGGUGUUCGUAAUAUCAAAAGCAUGUGGGAGAAAGGGAAUGUUUUCUCAUCACCAUCUGGGCCAGGGACACCAAAUAAGGAAACAGCUGGACUGAAGGUUGGUGUGUCCAGUCGUAUCAACGAAUGGUUAACUAAGACCCCAGACACCAACAAAUCACCUGCUCCGAAACCUUCUGAUUUAAGACCAGGAGAUGUAUCCAACAAACGUAAUCUCUGGGAGAAGCAGUCAAAUGAAAAGGCAACCUCUCCUUCUAAGGUAACAGCUAUGGGGAAAAAGUCAGAGACUAAUGCAGGUUUGAGACAAUUUGAGAAAGAACCAUAG